GGUUUAUGGCAAAUUUUUAUGCCAGUAAAAAGGAAAAUUUACUGCACUUUGUAAGAUAAACAUAUGUGAAAACAGAGGUGUUUAAUGCCAACAAAUAACCACAUGAAAUUUAAGGCCAGAACUACCCAGUAAACAAGUCCAUGCUUCAGCAUUUAAAGCUCAUGGAAGCAACAUCUUUAAACAAACAAGUGACAAGACAAUUGGGACUAAAAUUCUUGUGCAGCAGUUGGGAAUAUCAUAGUGAGCUGACCUUCAAUGAAAUUCAGCUGUUCAUCUUUGAAAAUGGCUGUAGCAAUAACUCUGCCUCUUGUGCCGUCUACUUGCCGUCGUCGAAAUCUGUCGUCGUCUUUUCAGUCUUGCAGCUCAAUGCUGUCAAUCCGUCCGUUUAACCAUCCGCCUGUUCAUUCUACACAGUUUGUAGUGUUUUCAGUUCUUUCCUCUCCAUCACAAGUGGACCAGUCUGCUAAGUUUGUGGAAAAGUCUAGAAGAGGAAACUUGGUUCCAUUAUCGCAGUGCAUUUUCUCUGAUCAGUUGACACCCGUGCUUGCAUAUCGAUGUUUAGUAAACGAAAAUGAUCAUGAAGCACCCAGCUUCUUGUUUGAGUCUGUGGAGCCAGGGUUACAUGCUGUUGGAAGGUAUAGUAUCGUUGGGGCUAAUCCAGCAAUGGAAGUUAUAGCCAUGGAGAAUUUUGUUACCGUGAUUAAUCAUCGUGAUGGGUGGAGGAGAGAGGAGUUUUUGGAAGAUCCGUUGUCAAUUCCUCGUAGAAUUACAGAGAAAUGGACUCCUCAGUGCAUUGAUGAGCUUCCUCAAGUGUUUUGUGGUGGAUGGGUUGGAUAUUUUUCUCAAGAUACGGUGCGUUAUGCAGAGAAAAGCCUCGCAUUUUCAAGUGCCCCAGCAGAUGACAGUGAUCUCCCUGAUGUACAUCUAGGUCUGUAUGAUGAUGUGCUUGUGUUUGAUCAUAUUGAAAAGAAAAUUCAUGCCAUUCACUGGGUUCAAUUGGAUCGAUUUUCAUCAGUAGAUGAGGCAUUGGACAAUGGAAUGGAAUGCUUGGAUUCCUUGUUGUCUAAGGUUCAUGAUAUAAACAAUCCAAGGCUAUCUUCUGGCUCAAUAGAACUAAAUGCUCAGAGGCAACAUCACAAGUUAGAGGUUUUGCGUCUAACAACUGAAGCAUAUAAGACAGCAAUAAAAAAGGCCAAGGAGCAUAUUUUAGAUGGUGACAUACACCAAGUUGUUCUAAGUCAGCAGUUUAUAAGGAGAACUUUCUCGGAUCCAUUGGAAGUUUAUAGGGCAUUGAGUAUUGUGGAUCCAAGUUCUUUUAUGGCUUAUAUACAAAUUAGAGGGUGUAUUCUUGUUGCUUCAAGCCCUCACAUUUUCAACUAUGUUGAUAAAAAGGGAAAGUUUACUAAUUCAACUCUUUCUACCAUUGAGAGAAAAUCUGAGAUAUUUAAGGAGAAUAUUCUGUUAGGAAGGCCGCUUAUCAAUGGCAAUAAACAUCAUGUAGAGAACACCAGGCUUGCUGACUUGGGAAACAACAGUUGCAAAAAGGCUACUGAUGUGUAUUCGACUUGCUGGGAUGCUCUCCGGGGUGCCUUGCCUUCAGAUGCUUUCAUUGGAGAACCAAAGAUUGAAGCAGUUAAACUGAUAGAUAAGCUUGAACAGAAAAGGCGAGGGCCAUAUGGUGGAAGUUUUGGCUGCAUUUCAUUCUCUAAGGACAUGGACAUCACCCUAGCUUCAAAAACCAUUGUGUUUCCGACUGGUAAAGCCUCUGAAAAUUUGUAUCAUUCCAAAAAUUUGCAGAAACGACGAGAAUGGGUUGCUCAUCUCCAAGUCGGAGCUGACAUCAUGGGAGACAGCGAUCCUGCAGACAAGCAGAGACAAUGUGAGCAAGAAGCUGCAGCACUCUCUCGAGCCAUUGAUCUUGCUGAGUCAUCAUUUCUUCAGUAAGACUAGAAGUUGUCUACCUGUGUUAUUAUUGUAUCACAUAUAUAGCUUCUUAACUUCUUUUACUAACUAGGAUAUGAUUCAUAUAUUUGUGCUGCUGUAACAUCAAGAAGUAUUCAUUGUAUUAUACUUGUAUGAUAAAGACAAACAUUUGAAAGCAACAUCUGAUUAUUUUGAU